UUAUUAAUAAUGUAAAAAUUAAUUCAAAAUGGGCGUGGUACAAUAGGCGUGGCUAUCUGGCCGCCUGUACACAGUGGUGGUCUUUAUCAGUCUUGAUGGAGAUUAAUUCUGUCAGUGACCGUUAACCAUCUUGCAGAGUGACCACUGAGACAGGCUUUAACUUAGAGCAGAUUAAUUUACAAUUACCAUUUUCAUUAUUGUGGGUGGGGCUAGCUACUGUCUUGCUAGCAAAAUUCAGCAAAUCUCGAGUCAAGAUGGAGAAAGGAAGUGAAGCUCGGAGUGAACACUACCAAAGCUGCCCAUCUGAUCAAGCUUUAGCAGGUAAAGCUCCUGUAUGCAGCAGUUGCCCUGGCAGACAGAUUUGCCUAACUCAAGGAGGUUUUGAUCCUGAUCAAAAGUUUGUAGACAUCAGAAUGAAUGCAAUAAAGAAUAAAAUACUAAUAGUAUCUGGAAAAGGAGGUGUAGGUAAAUCUAGUAUAUGUGCUGGGCUGUCAAUGGGGCUAGCUCAGCUCUGUGGAAAAAACAAAGUUGGCAUUGCUGAUUUAGAUAUAUGUGGCCCAAGUAUUCCCAAGUUGUUGCAAGUUGAUGGUCAGUCUGUAGUCAGUUCUGAGUAUGGUUGGCAACCUUUACAGUCCCCUCUUGGCGGAAUCAAAGUUAUCUCGACCGGAUCACUGAUACAAGAAAAUCAAACUGCGAUAGUCUGGAGGGGACCAAGAAAAACAAGUCUGAUUAAAAGAUUUUUAAAAGAUGCAUUCUGGGGAAGGCUUGAAUAUUUGUUUUUUGAUACACCUCCUGGUACAUCAGACGAACAUUUGACAAUAAUUAAAUUAUUGCUCAAUGCUAAGCCUGAUGGUGUCAUUAUAGUGUGCACUCCUCAAGAAGUUGUUUUGUCAACAAUAAGAAAAGAAAUUAAUUUCUGUCGCAAGAUGGGUAUCAAGAUUCUUGGUCUAAUCCAGAAUAUGGAUCAGUACAUGUGCCCAUGCUGUAAUGAGGUUGUAUCAAUGUUUGAAGAUAAAGGAGGAAUUAGUAGACUGAUGAAAGAGUAUGAUGUAUCUUUAAUAGGAAGAGUGCCUUUUGACCCAGAUUUCGUGAAAUGCUGUGAAGAAGGAAAGAGUGUCAUUGAAGAAUAUCCAAAUUCACAAGCUAGCACAGAACUAAUGAAUAUUGCAAGAGUAGUACAUAAACAGACACAUGACUAUUAAUAAUGUCAGAAUUAUUAAUUAACUAUUCAUUCUUCUUGCAUUGCACUGACAACCAUCUUUAUUAUAACAACUGAUCCACCAAA